AGGGAACUGCACUGGGCCUGGCCGUGUGAAGAGUUAAGGAGCGAGUGGUGAGUGCAGGAAGGCGUUGCUCUGUGGUUGUGGGGCGUCUUGCUGAGUCAAUCGCAGAGCCCAGCCCCAGCUCACACCGGACAGUGCGUCUCUGCCGAACAGCCGGAUCGGAGCAGUCGCUGCUGCCUUUGCCAUCCCAGCCCCGGCGAGGGAGCGAUUGGACUCGUGCGGGGGCUCCUUGGCUUGACCCAGCCGGCCAGGAUGAAGAUGUGGCUCGUGGCCGGCCUGCUGCUGCUCCUCAGGGCUGAAGGCGCAGAGGCACUGGCCGAACCCGAGCUGUGCUAUGUCCUGGACGCUGUCUUGUUCACCUACGGCAUCAUCCUCACAGUGCUCUACUGCCGCCUGAAGCUCCAGGUUCGAAAAGCAUCAAAAGCCGUCCCCAGCGCAGCCUAUAGCAAAGAAGAAGGGAUCUAUACCGGGCUCAGCACUCAGAACCAGGAGACCUACGAAACCCUCCGGACCAAGCCUAAUUAGGAGCCCAGUGGUAUCCCCAGGUGCAGCCUCUGCAGAAGGAGGUUGAAGGGGGAGCAGGUGUCCCAAGAGUGAUUUAUACGAGUUCCUCCCCAGUCCCAGCAAAGAAACAACUUUGUUGAAACCAGUGGUUCCCAGUUGCCCUCACAUGCUGAA